AAUUGGGCUAAGGAAUAAUAAAAAAAACCCAUUAUAUAAAUAACGGGAAGACACCGAAGAAACAACCCUAACGCCAUGGCCGUCUUGCAGCUGUUAAGCAGUUUCAUUACCCUAUUCUUCUUCUCUCCCUAAUCAACUCACUCUAACUCACUUUCAGUUUCUUCAAAUCAAAAUCAUUCAAUUCAUUCAACAAAAUGGAUAAAAUCAAAGUUAGGUAUAAACUUAACAAUGAAGAUUGGAAACCAUCACCAAUUACAGCUUUAGCUACAAGCAUUGAUGGUACUCGAGUUGCUGCAUCUCGUGAAGAUGGCUCUUUAGAGCUUUGGUUUGUUUCUCCCGGUACAAUAGGUUGGCACUGUCAAUUGACGAUUCAUGGUGACCCUAAUAGAAUUGUAUCUUCAUUAAUUUGGUGUCCUGGUGGUUCAAAAUCAAAUGGAUUUCAGCAUGGUCGAUUAUUUUCAUCUAAUAUAGACGGUUCUGUAUCAUUUUGGGAUCUCCAUAACUUGAAGCAAACGAUGGUGCUUGAAUCUAAUGGUGUCUCAAUCUGGCAAAUGGCUGUGACACUUCCUAAAAGAGAUGUUGGUGAAACUAAUGGUGUUCGAAUUGGGAAUGGUUAUUCAAAGAGAUUUCACGGUUCCGAUGACCACGAAAACAGCGAAAGUGAUGACGAUUCUGAUUCCGAUUUGCCUGAUGUUAUCAAGCAAUCCAGUUUAAUGGACCCAAGUGUAGCAGUUGCUUUUGAUGAUGGAAGUGUUAGAAUUUACACUAUAUCCAAUGCAAAUGAAUUUAUAUAUUUAAAAUCCAUGAGCCGGGUCCAAGGACGGGUUUUAAGUGUGGCUUGGAGCACGGAUGCUAAAUUCAUAUUUUCAGGAAGUAGUGAUGGGAUAAUACGAAUCUGGGAUGCCAAAUCAGGUAUUGAAGCCCAUCAUAUUCCAGCUAGACUGGGUGCGGAAAGUGGACAUGAACUUUGUAUAUGGUCGUUACUAUAUUUAAGGUCAGGGACACUUGUUAGUGGAGACAGCAGUGGGAGCAUCCAGUUUUGGGACUGCCAACAAGGAACUCCCUCUCAAGAUCCUAUUACUAAACACAAGGGAGAUGUACAUGCUCUGGCAGCUUCCCCCGAUCACAAUAUGGUGUUCUCAGCCGGUUCUGAUGGAAAGGUUGUUCUUUAUAAGAAGUCUUCAUCAAUGAUAGAGAAUGAGAAUUGGGUCUACGUUGAUUAUCAGAAAAAGCAUACACAUGAUAUCCGAGCUUUGACUGUUGCUGUGCCGAUAAGUCAAGAAGAUACUUUGCCAGAUGAAAGGAUUAAAAGAGCUCGUCAUGCAGAAAAGCCAGAUGUUUCUAAUUACCACAAGUGGGCUCAUUCGGGGCAUCCCAUGCUUAUCUCAGCAGGAGAUGACACACAACUUUAUGCAUACCCAGCAAAAGAAUUCACUGGGUUUAAACCUCAUUGUAUCUGUCCUGUGCCUCAGAGAACACCAAUUCAUGUAGCACUUAAUACUUCCUUCAAUCAAUCACCAAUGCUUCUACUGCAGUCUUCACGUUGGUUAGAAAUUCGUUUGCUACAUCUAAAAAAUGUUCGUAGAACUGGAGACUAUGCAAAGGCUGAAAGUGUUGGCCGUUUCAAGAUUAAGGCAUCUCGUAAGAUAAUUUGUAGCACCCUUGCUAAUUCAGGGGUGUUUUUUGCGUAUUCUGAUAAUGAAAAGCCUAGUCUUCAUAAAGUGGAGAGAUCCGAAGCAGGAAAAAUUACAUGGAGUUUUGGUAAAAUGAAGCUUCCUGAGAGAUUACCAUUUGCUCAUUCAAUGAUUUUUUCUCACGACUCCUCUUGGUUGAUAAUAGCUGGCCAUGAUAGAAGGAUAUAUGUUGUGGAUGCCAAUAGCUCGGAACUAGUACAUACUUUUACACCAUUUCGUGAACCUCAAGAUGAUGGAUUAUCACCGGCUGAACCACCUAUCACAAGAUUGUUUACUAGUUCUGAUCGGCAGUGGUUGGCUGCUGUGAAUUGCUUUGGGGAUAUAUAUGUAUUUAACUUGGAGACACUAAGGCAGCACUGGUUCAUUUCAAGAAUGGCCGGUGCCUCUGUUACAGCUGGAGGAUUUCCGCCUCAGAACAACAAUAUACUGAUAAUUACAACUUCUUCAAAUCAUGUGUAUGCAUUCGACGUAGAGGCCAGACAAUUGGGGGAAUGGUCGAUGCGGAAUACGUUUGUUCUUCCUAGAAGAUUUCAUGAGUUUCCCGGUGAAGUCAUCGGGCUUUCAUUCCCUCCCUCUUCAAAUUCAUCUACGGUUAUGGUUUAUAGCUCCAGGGCCAUGUGCUUGAUUGACUUUAGCUUACCGGUGGAGCAAGAUGAAGGUGAAAUGUUACAUACUCGAGAUUCAAUGAUCAAGAAUUCACCAAAUUUAAACCUUAAGAAAAGGACUAAAUUUAAGAAGAACUUUGAAAACAUUGAAGUUUUGCCGUUAGAAAAACAGAAUUUCGAAGUUUCAACGUUAGAAAAAGACCAAGUCUUAUAUCUUACCCAUAUUUCAAAUAGUCGCUUCUUUAUGAUAGAAAAACCUUGGUCGGAUGUGGUCAAUAGCUUAGAAGUUCAACCAGUCCACAGACAUAUUUAUGGAACAUAGACUACUCAAUAGAAUUAUUGUCAGUUUUAGGGGAUUCAUCAUGAUCAUAGAUGUCCCAUUUUGUUGUUUAAUUUUCUUUCUCUCAUUUGUUGGGAUUAAGAAUCAUGUAUUUUGUUGUCAUAAUCAAUUUUGUUCUAUUAAUGAUAGUUUUACAAGUUUUUUUGGUAGUCA